AUGCUGCAAAGCUGUGUCUUGUUUCUUCUACAUUUCACGAAACAUGUGUCCGCUGCGGAUACUGAAGCUUCAAAAGAUAUCCACAGUUCUUUUGAGGGCUAUUUCAUAUCAGUGUGGCACAACAGACUGUACUUGUAUUCUGCCGCCGCACUAGUCUUUGGUAUAUGGUUCUCACUGAAGAUCGUAUGGAAGAAGAAAUCGCUAUCGCACCAAGUUGACCCUUGGCUCUACACCGCUGCAAAGAAGACUAGCCAACCGGUGGAGAUAAAAGAUGUGGUUCAUGUCUCAGGGGUUAAAAUCUUCUACGGCUCGCAGACUGGAACAGCGAAAGGCUUUGCAAAAGAGCUCUCGGAAGAGGUGAGGGGCUUGGACAUACCAGCGGAGGUGAUUGACAUGAAAGACUAUGACCCGGAUGACCGACUUGCUGACGAGUGCACCAACAAGUCUGUCUGCGUAUUUCUGUUGGCCACCUAUACUGACGGACAGCCUACGGAGAACGCUGACUGGUUCUGUAAGUGGCUGGAGGAAGCGUCCACUGACUUCCGUUAUGGGAAGACCUACCUCAGAGGCCUGAGAUACGCAGUGUUCGGCCUGGGCAACUCUGUGUAUGUUGGCCACUAUAACACGGCGAGCAAGAAUGUGGACAAGUGGCUGUGGAUGCUGAGUGGCGCGCGCAUCCUGACCAGAGGGGAGGGCGACUGCAACGUGGUGAAGAGCCGCCUUGGCAGCGUCCAGGCCGACUUCCUGGCGUGGAAGGCCAAGUUCCUGAAGCGCCUGCAGGCCCUGGCCAGCGGGGAGAAGAAGAGCUGCGGUGGGAACUGCAAGACCCGUGGGGGCUCCUGUAAGAGCAAGAGGGAGGAGGUCCAGGAGCAGCCGGAGGAGGAGGUGAAGGAACUGCCGCAGCACAACAGCUCAGAGGAGGAGCAUCUGGAGACCAGCAGUGACGAGGAGUUGGCCGCAUCCAACGAGAAGGAGCGGGGCUCUGUGGUGGAUGUGGAAGAUCUGGGCAGCAUCAUGAGCAACAUCAGGAAAGCGAAGAGCUGGAGCAAGGGCCAAGGACAAGGGCAGAUGGUGAAGCUAUCCAAGCUGAGCGGAGUGAAGGAUGACAAAGGAGGAGGGGAGAGGAGAGAGAUGAUCACCCCUGCCCUCAGGGAAGCGCUGACAAAGCAAGGGUACAGGCUGAUUGGAAGUCACUCGGGGGUGAAGCUUUGUCGAUGGACCAAGUCUAUGCUGCGAGGAAGAGGAGGAUGUUACAAGCACACCUUCUACGGCAUCGAGUCUCACCGCUGCAUGGAAACCACCCCCAGCUUGGCCUGUGCAAACAAAUGCGUGUUUUGCUGGAGACACCACACUAACCCUGUGGGUACUGAGUGGCGCUGGAAGAUGGACCCUGCUGAAAAGAUCCUACAGGAUGCCCUGGAAAAGCACCAGAACAUGAUCUGGCAGUUUAGAGGUGUCCCAGGAGUGAAGCCGGAGCGGUUCGAGGAGGGCCUGGCGGUCAAGCACUGCGCCCUCUCCCUGGUGGGCGAGCCCAUCAUGUACCCAGAAAUCAACACUUUCCUCCGCCUCCUCCACACCCAGCGCAUCUCCAGCUUCCUGGUCACCAACGCGCAGUUCCCCCAGGAGAUCAGGAACCUGGUACCAGUCACCCAGCUUUAUGUGAGCGUGGACGCCAGCACCAAAGACAGUCUGAAGAAAAUCGACCGGCCGCUCUUCAGGGACUUCUGGCCCCGCUUUCUAGACAGCCUGAAGGCCCUGGGGGAGAAGAGGCAGAGGACAGUGUACAGACUGACGCUGGUUAAGGCCUGGAAUGUGGAGGAGCUUCAGGCCUAUUCGGAGCUAAUUGCCCUGGGCCAGCCGGACUUCAUUGAGGUCAAGGGAGUCACGUACUGUGGGGAGAGCUCCGCCAGCAGUCUGACCAUGGCCAACGUCCCAUGGCACCAGGAGGUGGUCGCCUUCGUCCAGCAGCUAGCCGACAUGCUGCCUCAGUACGAGAUCGCCUGCGAGCACGAGCACUCCAACUGUCUGCUGGUCGCACACACCAAGUUUAAGGUGGAGGGCGAGUGGUGGACAUGGAUCGACUACGACGGUUUCCAGGAGCUGGUCAGGGCCCAGGAGGAGAGCGGGGGACAGCAGAGUUUCUCGGCCCUGGACUACAUGGCCAAGACUCCCAGCUGGGCUCUGUUCGGAUCCUCGGAGCAGGGCUUUGACCCCGCCGACACACGCUUCCAACGACGCCACAAGACCAAAGACAUCUCCGGAUGCUGAGUCUGCAUGGGAGAGAGAGAGAGAGAGAGAGACAAACAGAGAGAUCGAGGCCGGAGAGUCGAUAUGUCCAUCCAUAUGGGGUCAAACACAGCGGUGUUAUGAGCGCCCCCUGCCCAGUGUCUUUAGUGUUGAAAUCUUUUUCUCCGGGCGUUCCUCUAUGAAGUCGGACUUACUUUGUCUCCAUCGCUCCCUCUAUGUUUCUACAACCCCCCCCCCUUUUUCUCCCCAGUUGUAUCCGGCCAAUUACCCCACUCUUCCGAGCCAUCCCGGUCGCUGCUCCACCCCCUCUGCCGAUCCGGGGAGGGCUGCAGACUACCACUCGCCUCCUCCCAUACAUGUGGAGUCGUCAGCCGCUUCUUUCCACCUGACAGUGAGGAGUUUCGCCAGGGGGACGUAGCGCAUGGGAGGAUCACUCUAUUCCCCCCCAGUUCCCCCCUCCCCCCUGAACAGGUGCCCCGACCGACCAGAGGAGGCGCUAGUGCAGCGACCAGGACACAUACACAGGACACAUCCGGCUUCCCUCCCACAGACACGGCCAAUUGUGUCUGUAGGGACGCCCGAUCAAGCCGGAGGUAACAAGGGGAUUCAAACCUGCGAUCCCCGUGUUGGUAGGCAACAGAAUAGACCGCCACGCUACCCGGACGCCCUUACAACCUCAGUUUUUAUUUCAUCUUUCACAUAAUCAGUCCGACCCCCUGAGAUCAUCUCAGAUGGCCUCAUUUAUUAUCGAGAGAUUCCCUCCAUCUUUACGCAGCGUGUCCGUGUAGGGUUGUUUUUUCCAAUGUACGUCCUGCGUCCCUGCCUUCUUAAUGGUCAUUCUUUAUAAAUGUUA